CCCAUCUUCACCUUCUGUGGCUCGUUCAGCUUCUUGCCUUUCUCUUGCUUUCCUUUUCUUCCAUCAUUUGUCCUCCUGAUCCCAUUUCCCUUGAGAUCGCGAUCCCAGAGUGCUAUGAGUGCUAGGAUGCUACCCGACGCAGAGCGCCAUGUCCAUUUCGUCGUCGCAAUAUGCUGACUUGCUACACUUGGUGCAGGGAAAUUCAGAACUUGCUGACAAGAUCAGAACCUUGCGAUUGGGAUUAGAAGCCGACGAUCUGCUUGAGCACUUCAAAUACGACGCCGUGUUCGACCACGACUGCACCACUCACACCGAAUACGAGCGCGAUGAGAGUCACGCUAUCCGCCUUGUGAAGAGGAAAUGGUACCGCCGCUCCGACCCCUUGGGAUGGGGACUAUACGGCAAAGUCUGGCUGGAGAGUGAUGAGACUGAUACACGCCGUCGAGCCGUCAAGGUCGUGGAUAAGGAUCUGAUGGAACGGGAUACCAUCGACUAUAAGAGGGAGAUUCUCGCGCUGGCCAAGUUCUCGAAACCGCAGUAUCAACAGCAGGAGGUUCUGGUCAACUUUCUCGGCUGGUUAGAUGACCCCUCCAAUCUUUACCUUUAUAUGGAGUUCUUCCCACUGGGAGAUCUCGAAAGUCACAUAUCAGAGUCUAUCCCCGAGGAGGAGGUCAAGGACAUCACCACCAAUCUCCUCAAUGGCCUCCGGAUUAUCCACGCUGAACAAUUCACCCACCGAGACCUCAAACCUGGCAACAUCUUCGUGGCCCGAAAACCCCCGGUUGCCCGAUGGUGGGUCAAGAUUGGCGACUUUGGCAUCGCGAAGCGAGUGAACCAUGAGAGAACGGCACUAUAUACGUCCAUCGGUACCUCAAAGUACACUGCUCCAGAGGUGAGCGGAGAUCUCGAUACCGACGAACCAACAUCGAUCUAUGACAAUGCAGCCGACAUGUGGUCUUUGGGCUGCGUAGUAUUCAGAAUCGCUACUCAGCAAGACCCAUUUCCGACGCGUCGAGACGUGCGAAGGUUCUGUGACGGGCGGGUAUCCUUUCCCGACGAACCGCUUCAGGGGAAAUUCGGUCUAGAUGGUGUAGAAUUCGUCAAAACGCUCAUCUCGCCUUUCUCCAAUGAGCGCCUAUCUGCAGAGGCGGCUCUGGGAAUGGCUUGGAUUCAAAAUCGCGAAGUGAAAAUGCUCGCAGCGGAGGAUGUCGAAUGGGUUGACGAUUCGAGCAACGGGUCUACGCCCGGUCGAUUCACGUCGUCCAUAGACUUGAAAAAGGAUCCAAAAAAUGGAAUAGCAAGGAUGAGCGACAAAGUUCGUCCCCAGCUGGGUCGCCCAAGUUCUGGAACUGGGAAGGUUCCUUCUGCUCCAAAAGGGGAAGUAGCAUUACCGGGCGGCAAAACCCAUUCUCGGCCGACUCCCAGAAGGCCAGGAGUUCCAGAGAUUCAUACUGUUGAGCUUAAUUUACCUUCUCCCACAGGGCCUUUGUUUCUGAGUUAUACAGACCCUCCAAGGCAUAAAACAUCAAGCUCGAACGGCAGAAAUCUGGCCCAGCAACAUCAUUCAAAGCCCGGCUCCACGUCCGCGCAGGCCCCUCGUCACAACCCCGCGGUUCUUGACGAAGAGAAAGCAAAGCGGUCUCACGCAGCCGAAGAUCCGAAACAAGAUGGCAGGCCAGAGGCUGCAGAUGCGUCCUCACAAAUAGUCUCUCAUCACAAGCUUUCUGGCUUUACACGAGCUAGCCAUGGCAGUGGUCCAGCUCCGAGAGUCACUGUGAUGAGAGAGCCAGCACGAAAACCAAAGUACAUUGCAAAGCGGCCUUCGCGGUCCGAACGAUCCGAAUCACCAGGCCCCAUUCUGUCCGGUUUCGAGGGCCACACGAGCGUCCUCAAGGCGCAUGUGGUGCCAGAAAACCACACAUUGAAGCUCUCAUCCAAGCCGAAGGCAGGCGCGACGCACAAGCAUGGCUUCUGGAUUCCCUACGCGGCCUGAUCUUCCUCGGUACUCCGUUCCGCGGAACCGAUGCCGACGGAUUAAAGCGAUGGCGAGCCUACCACGCCCAUAUUGUGCACACGAGCCAGGCAAGGUAUGGCUUGUCAUACGCCGACACGGUGAGCCGAACGCGACUGCUCAACGUUCUGGAACCUAUUCAAAGGGCCUUUCUCAAAAAUACCU